AUGGGAGGAAAAGCAUCAAAAAAGCGAAGUGCGGGAUCUACCCACCAUCAACAGUCGGGGGGCGCUCCCGUGGUGGAACCGUUAGCGUCGGGUGAUCAAAGCCAAGCUGGGCAGUCCACCGAGCCAGAGAGAGUUGAUUCAAACAUGCGUGAAGAUUACACUGAGAGUUCCGAAGCUGCUAUUUUUUCGACGCAGGCGAAACAGAAAGAAGUGGUCGAGGCGAGUAACGCACACGAGGAAGCCGCGGUUAUAACCGCAACAGAGAAGAAGACGCCCUGUGAACGUCAUGAUGGUGAAGAGAAGAUCGAAUCUUCACAUGGUCUGGCGUUUCAGGAGAUCUUUGUCCGGUAUAUUCCUGGUAAACCUCAUGCUCUCACGAAGUUUGGAGCACUUCUUUACUCUCGUAAGGGUGGUCAUGAGUUCAGGGCCCUAGAUGGCACCGGACUGGCAAGAACUGUUGGGUUAAGAAACCAUGAUGAACUAAUAAGCAUCAAUAACCCACAGUCAGACAUAAGCAGUGCUAACCAGCUAGCAGUUCUAGAAUGUUUCUCAGAUAUUGGCACUCAGAUUGGUUUGGUUAUUAAGCGGAAACAGGAGGAAACGUGGCUGUUUGCUUUUCAUCUCAACGAAAAGGGUAACCGGCCAGUUGUGGAGAACAUAUACAGCGUAAGGUUGGACAACUCGCGCACACCAGUCAUUCCCGUUAAGAGUGCUUUCAGAGUGAACCCAGUCUAUGCCUAUGAUUCUUCCCUUCAAGUGCAAAUGAUACUUCCACAAGAAAAAGACAGAUUCAUGGAGAUCGACACUGACAAGGCGACCUACGUUCUACCUACAAAGACCGUGACUAUCAAUAAAUACCUAGGGAAAUACAAGAGUGAAGAAAAAGUUACUCCAGUCUCCAUCUCAAUACCAAAAUCGUCGAUGUGCAUUCAGGCUGUCGAUGUUGGUCCUCUCAGCGUAGUCCCAUUUCCUUCCUACAUGACGGAGCCUGGAAAGAUCCCGCAGAAUAACUUGUUCUUUCUCCAGUCCUUUCUCCUUAAUACAGCAUCUGUAUUUAAGGCUGCCAACACAGAAGUCGGGGUCGCUCCCAAAGUGGAACCGUUAGCGUCGGGUGAUCAAAGUCAAGCUGGGCAGUCCACCAAGCCAGAGAGAGUUGAUUCAAACACGCGUGGAGAUUACACUGAGAGUUCCGAAGCUUCGACGCAGACAGAGCCGAAAAAAGUGGUCAAGGCGAGUAACGCACACGAGGAAGCCGCGGUUACAACCGCAACAGAGAAGAAGACGCCCUGUGAACCUCAUGAUGGUGAAGGGAUGAUCGAAUCUUCACAUGGGCGUGCGUUUCGGGAGAUCUUUGUCCAGUAUAUUCCUGGUAAACCUCUUUCUCUCACGGAGUUUGGAGCACUUCUUUAUUCUCGUCAGGGUGGUCAUGAGUUCAGGGCCCUAGAUGGGACCGGGCUGGCAAGAACUGUUGGGUUGAGAAACUGUGAUGAACUACUAAGCAUCAAUAACCUGCAGUCAGACAUAAGCAGUGCUAACCAACUAGCAGUUCUAGAAUGUUUCUCAGAUAUUGGCACUCAGAUUGGUUUGGUUAUCAAGAGGAAACAGGAGGAAACGUGGCUGUUUGCUUUUCAUCUCAACGAAAAGGGUAACCGGCCAGUUGUUGAGAACAUAUUCAGGCGACAAUUAGAUAGCGAAAAAUGGAAGAACUCGCCCAAACCAAACAUUCCCAUUGACAGUGCUUUCAGAGUGAAUCCUGACUAUUCCUAUGAUUCUUCCCUUCAAGUGCAAAUGAUACUUCCACAACAACAAGACAGAUUCAUGAAGAUCAAAAACAAGGAGGCGACCUACGUUCUGCGUAAAAAGACCGUGAUUAUCAAUAAAUACCAACGUAUAUACGGUAGUGAGGAGGGGGACGGUGUAUGGGGAAAUGGGAGAAGUGAUGACGGUAUUCCAGUCACCAUCUCAACACCAGAAUCGUCCGACAGCGAUUCGGACAAUGGAAGCGACUCCGAUUGUGACAAAGAUGAUAGUCAUCGGUGCAUUGAGGGUGUCGAUGUUGGUCCUCUCAGCGUAGUCGACUUCCCUCGCUACAUGACGCGUCGUGGUAAAAAGAUCCUGCAAAAUAACAUGUUCUUUAUCCAGUCCUUUCUCGAUAAUGGAGCAUCUGUAUUUAAGGCUGCCAACACAGAAGAAGACCUGCUGGAUCACAUCGUCAUUUAA